AUGGAACCUUUUGAAGAUUCAUCACCAUCGUUAGUAUCAACGAAUAAAAAAAGAAGAUUAAAUAAUAUUGAUAAAUUAGAAUUAGAUAAUUGUAAUUUUUCAUGGCUUGAUCAAUUUGAACAAAAAAAGUUAAAAAGUAAUAAUAAUAAAUCACCAAGAGAUUCAAAUAAACGUGCUGCAGCAAUUGAAGCAUCAAAAGAAUUUAAAAAGCAACAAUCCAGAAUAAACCAUCCAACUAGAUACUACAAUGACGAUAAUAACGAUAAUGAUGAUGAUAACGAAAAAUGGAUUUAUAAAACUCCAAAAAGAGCUGCCGCAAUAGAGGCAAAAAAAGUAUUAAAAAAACAAACUAAAAUCCAAGAUAGUGAGGAUGAAACCGAUGAUGAAGAAAAUGAUCUCAAUUUAAAUAAUUAUGGUAGAAAAGAAAAGAUUGUUCUUAAAAAAUCAACUAAUAAUAAUAAUAUUAAUAACAAUGACAACACCAAAUCAACUAAUGAUAAUAAAAAUAUUAUAAAUGACAAUGAAGAUGAUUCAGAUGAUGAGUUUACUUAUGAAGAGCAUGUUGAAGAUAUUCCUUCACCUCCUGCUCAACUUGUACCAAAAAAUAUAAUUGAAGAGGAAGAAAAUAAAAUACCACCUCAAAAUCAACUUUCAAAUGAAAAAAUUGUAAAUAAAAAUAAUAAUUAUAAUAAUAAUAAUAAUAAUAAUAAUAAUAAUAAUAAUAAUAAUAAUAAUAAUAAUAAUAAUAAUAAUAAUAAUAAUAAUAAUAAUAAUAAUAAUAAUAAUAAUAAUAUUAAUAAUAAUAAUAAUAAUAAUAAUAAUAUAGAAUAUAUAAAUAUAAAAUUGGAAAUUUUCAAUUCAUCAAAUAAAUUAUGUAAAGAAGUUAAAGUUAAAAUCAGUAAGAAAACAAAAUUUUAUAGAUUAAUGGAAUCAAUUAUAAAAUUGACUGGAAAGAAUUUAUCAGAAUUUACAUACAAUGAUUCACCUUUAAAUUUAAAUUUCAAUCCAUCUGAUGUUACAGAUAUAAUGAAAAAUGGUCAAGAUAGUGUAGUAAUAAUUAAAUCUAAAAUAAAAUAA